CCUGAUCUGCGCAUGAGGCGCAUCUUCGUAAGGGAAAAAUGGCGGCACUGUUGCUGCAGGAGUUCGAAGCUUCUGAGCUUUCAAAAUUGUCCAAAACCUUUCAAGACAGGCUGGAAAAGCUCGUUUCGGAUCAGCAGUAUGAGAUCGAUUCUUUAAAAGCACAACAGGAACAGUUUCGAGUUGACAGCGAACAACAUUUUUUUGAAAAGGUGAAACAACUUAAUCAGUGCCAGGAGGAUUUUUUGUCCAAGACUCAGGAGCAUCUUAAACUCAAAGAAGAGUUUGCCAAGCUUGAGGAGGAACUUAAAAGUGUACAUGAGAAAAACAAGGAAUAUGAAACUACCCAUGAAAGGCUGUCAUCAGAGCAGGCUGUGCUCUCCAAAGCCAAAGAGGAACUGGAUGCAGAAAAGCGCGAACUUGUCCAAACACUGGAUAGGAGAUCCCUUGAAGUGGAGCAUUUGAAUGAUGAUGUGAGACAACUCAAUGACAAGUUGGUGGAGGUCAACACCUCUAAGAUGACCCUGCAGAUGAAGUUAGAUGAGCUUGAAGCUGCUGAAAUUAACAUUAAAUACAAGGAGAAGCGUAUGGAACAAGAGAAGGAGCUGCUUCAAAGCCAAAUGUCUUGGCUAAAUGAUGAGUUGAAAGCCAAGAGUGAGGGACUCUUGGCUCUUUCACGUCAAAAAGGAAAUGAGAUCCUCGAACUGAAAUGUAACCUGGAAAAUAAAGAUGAUGAGUUGAACCGACUUCAAGAGCAAGUCGUUACUUUGAAAACUUCAAAUGAAAAUCUUCAGAGGCAGAAUGAGGACAUGAUCAGCAAGCUGAAAGAGGCCAAAGAACAGCAAACUACUAUAGAAGAAAAAUUCAGAAGCGAGUUGAAUGCCAACAUUAAACUGUCCAAUUUGUAUAAGGGAGCAGCAGCAGAUUCUGAGGCUAAAAGUGAAGAGCUGAGUCGAGCAGUGGAGGAGUUACAAAAGCUGCUGAAAGACGCUGGAGAAGCCAACAAGGCACUUGAAGAGAACUUACAGGAAACAAAUGGUGCCACUGAGACAACCGUUGCCAAAUUAAAGGAAAAGAUCCAGUGUCUUGAGAAAGAGCUAGACAAUGCUAAUGAGCUGCUGUCUAGUUCUAAACUUAGAGGCCCUGUUGGAAUAACAUCAAUACUAACAGAAGAGCAAAUGACGACAAUGUCUCCAACAGCAGUUGCAGUAUCCAAGAUUAAACCGGACAUGAAGCUGACUGAGUUGUAUACAGCUUUUGUGGAGAGCCAGGAGCAAUUGCAGCUGGAACGCUUGGAGAACAAGCGGAUUAACAAAUACCUGGAUGAUAUAGUGCAGGAAGUGGAAGCAAAAGCCCCCAUCCUGAAAAGGCAAAGGGAUGAGCAUGAGCGUAUGCAGAUGUCUGUAUCCAGUCUUUCUACCAAGCUGGAGCAGGCAGUCAAGGAGGUGCACCGUCUGCAAAGGGAGGCUGAUGAGGCCAGCAAACACUCCUCAGUCUUGGAAAGGGAAAACCAGAGGUUUGAACUGCAGUUGACCGACCUGUCUCAGCAAGUACGUGUCCUGCUGAUAGAGCUGGAAGAGGCUCGUGGAAACCAUGUGCUUCAUGAGGAAGAUGUGAGCUCAGCUGAUGUUAGUAGCACGUCGGAGGUGAUCAGCCAACAUUUGGUGACGUUCCGGAGUGUGGAAGAGCUUCAGAAGCAGAACCAGCGUCUUCUCGUGGCCCUCAGGGACCUCAGCGAUGCCCAAGAGAAGGAGGAGGUUGAAUCCUCUGGCAACAAGCGUGGUGAACUGGAGCAGAGUCUGGAGAAGGCACACGCUGAACUGGAGCUUCUAAAGGAGCAGCGCAGCCAACAGUUAAAGAUGACUGAGUCCAUUGUGAGGCAGAGAGACAUGUACCGUGUUCUGCUGGCACAGACAACUGGAGUUAGCUUCCCCCAGCAAGGGACACCUACUGAGGAGUUCUCCCUAACCUCCACCCCCCGACGCUCACCUGCAGCCACUCCUACUGCAGGAACACCCACUGCACUUGUUUCCAUGACAACCGAGUCUGCUGAAGCAGUGGAGGCCAAAGCAGCUUUGCGGCAAUUGCAGGACGUGUUCUCCAGCUAUAAGAGGGAACGCACAGAGUGUGAAAGGGCAUUGACUGAGCAGACUGAAAAGCUUCAGGAGCAAAUCUCUGAUCUGCGCUCCCAGAAUGCUAGAAUAUCCACCCAGCUUGAGUUUGCCUCAAAAAGGUAUGAGAUGCUGCAGGACAACGUUGAGGGGUACAGGAAAGAGAUUGCCUCUCUAAGAGAGAAGGAACAGAAGAUGGCUGCAGCCACACAGAAGCACGAGCAGACUGUCCACUCAUUGAAGGAGGAUCUGAAAGCUGCCAAAGAGAAACUUACUAUGGCUGAGGGCCAGGCUGGCAGCUUACGCAAGGAGAGGGAUAUGUUGAAGCUGGUGGAGUCUAGACUGACCCAAGAGAAAGAGACUCUCCAGAGCCAACAACAGAGCCAGACCCUGUUGCUGUCUAACCUCCAAGCUAUACAGGCCACUCUUGAGCGCUCUGUGACCGAUUCGCGUCAGCAUCUCACCAGCCAGGUAGAGAAGCAAGAAAGGGAGAUCUCCCAGCUGCAGAAGAAGCUUGAAAAUGAGGUUGAGCAGCGUCACCUGCUCAGCAGGAAUCAAGAAAUUCAGUUGAUGGAGGCAAAGAGGCAGCUGGAAACACAAGUGACUUUACACCAGAGGACCAAAGAGCUGCUAAAUUCUGCCGAGUUGGAGCUAAACACCCUCCGAUUGCAGCAAGGCAACAGUGAAGCACGUCACAUCCUGAGUUCCCCAUCCACACUCGCCAGAGGGAUACGUUGUUCAGAUCAAGAUGAAGACCUACAGAGCCGUCUGCGGGUGGCUGAAAGUCGGGCAGAAGAGCUGGCAGAGAGCCUUAGGACAGUCACCUCCAGCAUGGAGCAAUACAGAGCCAUGGCUCAGAGCCUGGAGGAGUCCCUGGAUAAAGAGAAACAGGUUACAGAGCAGGCACGCUCAUCCAUUGAAACUCGGGUGAGGGAGAGCAAUGAACAGCAGCGCAAACUGGAGGAGAAACUUCAAGAAGUACAGAAAGACAAACAAGCCCAAGAGGAGCAGCACAGAAGAGCAGUGGAUUCUCUGGAGGAGCAGAUGAACAAUCUCAGAAGAAGUCUAAACGGUAGCCAGGAAGAACACCAGAUGGCGCUGGAGCGAGUGGCAGUGGUUGAAGCCCAGCUCCAACAGGCGGUACAAGACUCUCAGGAACAGGCUAAGCUGGCUGCAGAAGCACAAGAUAAGUAUGAGCGGGAGAUGCUGCUGCAUGCAGCAGAUGUGGCUGCCAUGCAGGAGGCUAAGGCUGAGGCCAAGCAGGCUGUUGAGCUCAGGCACCAGCUGGAAGAAAGAAGCCAGAGGAUCAGUGCGGAGCUGCUGGAAGCCAGAAUCUCCUGGCAGGAGCAGGAAAAGAUCCUAAAGGAGGAAAUGUCCAAGAUAGAAAGUAGCUACGAGGAGCUACAGAGGCAGAAUGUCCUCCUACAUGAGCAAAUGGAGACCAUGAGCAGCACAAUGGCUGGGAAUUUGCAGCGUGCUGCCAGUGAGAGUACUAUGAACAUAUCUCUGACUGAAGAGGGCAAAUCUCAAGAACAAGUGCUUGAAAUACUCCGAUUUGUGCGUCGGGAGAAAGAGCUUGCAGAAUCUCGUUUCGAAGUUGCCCAAGGAGAGAGUUUGCGUUACCGUCUGAGGGUGGAGCACUUGGAACGAGAGCUGAAGGAGUUGCAGGACAGCUUGACUGCCGCCAGGGAGAGGAUGCAGGUCACAGCUCAGACCUUGGCUCAGCACGAUGAGCUGAUGAAAAAGACUGAAACGAUGAGUAUCCUCAUGGAGACCAAUAAGAUGCUGAGAGAGGAGAAAGACAAGAUGGAGCAAGAAUUGCAGCAGUCACAAGCUAAGGUGCAAAAGCUAGAGUCAGAAAACAUGCCACUGCAGCAGGCUAAUUCUGAGCUGUGUGAAAAAAGUGCCAUGCUGCAAGCAGAGAAGAGGAUACUGGACGAGGAGAUCAGGCGCUGGAAGGCCCGCACACAGCAUUUGGUGAGUCAGCAGAGGGACUCUGAUCCAGAAGAGUACAAACGUCUACAUUCUGAGAAGGAGGCCAAUCUAAAACGCAUCCAGCAGCUCACAGAGGAAAAUACCAGACAUAGAGCCGAUUUGGCAAGGACCAAUAACCUAACAACAACCCUACAAAGCCAGAUACAGAACCUGCGUGAUAGUGUUAAUAGUGUAACCGAGGAGAGGAACACGCUGAAAGAGGAAGUGGAAACCAAGAAUCAGGAACUCCAGGAAAAAACACAAACGAUUGUCCAAGUCAGGAGGAUCGGGCGCCGCUACAAGACUCAGUAUGAUGAGCUCAAGGUGCAACAUGACAAUUUGGUAGCUGAGGCUGCAGCGGGUCCCUCUCAAGAAGAGGAGGCUCGGCAGGCUUCCACCCAAGAACUCCAGAGCCUCCGAGAUUCUCUGAGCCAGGCUGAAGCCAGGAGCAAAGAGCUGGAGGGACAGCUGGAGAACGCAAACAAGGUCGCUACGGAGCGUGAAACUGAGACGCGUAAUACCCAGGAACAGUUAUCCCGGUUGCAGACAGAGAUGGCAAGACUGAGGCAGGAGCUGCAGGAUAAGGCUUCUCAGGAAGAAACGCUGAGGAAGCAGAUGAGUGACAAAGAGGAGAAGUGCAGGAAAGUCAUCGUUGGCGCCAGGCAGAGGAUAAACCAGCUUGUGGCCACUCGAGACAAGCUUCAAAAUGACAAUGAGGAGCUGAAGCAGCAGCGUGAGGAGCUGGAGGUGCGUGUAAGCGCUCUCAAGUCCCAAUACGAAGGCCGUCUGAGUCGGCAAGAGAGAGAACUGAGAGAUCUGCGAGGGCAGCAGGAGAGGCAAGAGCAGCGGGACGAGCCAGCGGAGGCCGGUCCGAGCAAGACACAGGAGCAGCAGAGGACCACGGAACAGAGACAGAUCAGCCUGAAGCCAACUCCAGCUGCAGACAGGGGAAGUGCCAGCGCCUCAGAGCCUCCAACUGCCAACAUUAAACCAACGCCUGUAGUCGCUACAGCCAGCAAGCAGCCAGUCAUACCUGGGAACAAACCCACCCCCAGGGCAAGCAUCAGGCCCAUGAUCACUCCAGCCACUGUGCCGACCCCGACUCCCACUGCUACAGUCAUGCCCACCACUCAGAUGGAGACCCAGGAACCCAUGCAGCCCGCUGAAGGACCACCAGUGGAGCAUGUGGCUGUGUUCGGCAGUGCCAGCGGCUCCGUGCGCUCCGCCAGCCCCAACGUCCAGACCACUUUAGCUGGCCCCAUGCUGACUGUCCAGCAGACGCAGACCCAGGCCACAGCAUUUGUCCAGCCAACGCAGCAGCAGAACCUGACCCAUACAGAGCCAGCCAAUCAGGAGCCACCGCCAGUGGUCAUCGAGCCAACACCUAGCUCACAGGUGGAGCGGCCUUCAACGUCCUCUGCUUCCUCUGUGUUUGGCACCGUUUCAGCAACACCAGGAACCUCUUCAAUGUCUAAGAGGCCUCGAGAUGAGGAGGAAAGUGCCACCAUUGUCACAGAGGCUGAGCCUGCUCAGGAGGACGCCUCCAGGGCUCCAAUAUCCAAGAAACUGCGCAUCAUCCAGAGAGUGGAUCCAGAGGAGGAGAUGCUGCCUGAGGACAGUGCUGAGGCUGAGGGUGUGGUGCCCACAGACAGUCAAGACAGUGCUGAGGCAAGCCAGAUGGAGGAGUUUCCAAACCUGGGGGAAGAAGAAGAGAGCACAGCCUCCCAGCCAAUGACAACAGACCAAGAAGUGACACAGACAGACAUCCCUGACCAGCUGUCACAGGAGGUGAUUGUCAUAGUAACAGACACAGAGAGUGACGAAGACCAGGAAGAGGAGAACGGGGAGGAAGACGUCGAGCAGGACUACGACGAGGAGGAAGAUGAAGAGGAUGACGAAGAGGAGGAGGAGGAGGAAGAUGAUGAUGAGGAUGAAGGCGAGAUGGGGGAGGAGGGCGAGGACAGCAAUGAGGGGAGCGGAGACGGCAACGAAGCUUAUGAAGGAGACGACGCAGAGGGAGCUGAUGUAACGGACCCAGGCACAGAGACUGAGGAGAGUUUGGGGGCGUCUGAUUCCACUCAGAGACCCGCAGAUUCCCAGACACCCAGCUUUGAGGGCAGCUCCAUGGAGGCUUUCUCUACAGAACAGCCUAUUACGAGCUCUGGUACACGCAUGCCACAGUCGCCAAGGAGACCAACACAUCAGUUGCCCCCUAGACUGAAUAUCCACCCUGCCCCCACCUCAGAGCUUGGACCACCUGCUCAGGUUCAGCGUAUCCCCGUCCGUCGCCAGUCAGUGGGCAGGGUCCCUCAGCUCACUCCUGGAGUAGUGAGCAGUGCUCAGCAGCAGCAGCAGUACUACUUUGAUGAUGACGACAGGAUGGUUCCCAGCACUCCCACGCUGCCACACCGCUCGGAUGGUUUUGACCAGGCCAUCCACUCUCCCCAGGUGGCUGGUGUGCCCCGCUUCAGGUUUGGUCCUUCAGACGACAUGCCGCCAACCAGCUCCUCCUCACACUCUGACCUAGGACAACUUGCAUCACAAGGAGGUCUUGGGAUGUAUGAAAGCCCCCUGUUUUUAGCAACUCCCGAAGAGGAGUCUGGGGGACGCAGUGUUCCCACCACACCAUUACAAGUUGCAGCACCAGUAACCGUCUUCUCGGAAGUGGCUCAGUCUGACACAGUGGAGCAUUCCUCCCAGUCAGUUCCCACAGUGAGCACGUCCACACCAGGCCUGCUUGUGCCAGGCACAGUCAGUACAGAAGACCGAGACGACGUCUUCCUGGAGCCAGACACUGAUAGGCCCGGUGCUGAAGUGUCUGCAGACCCGGCGCUCUCUCAGGGAGAAGUAGAGGACUCGAGCCAGCUGUCCGACAAGGCGAGCCUGCCCUCGACCAGCCAGGAGCCCUCCUCCAGCUCUGCAGAUACAAGCAGCGCUCCGCCUAAACCCUCCAGACCCGGACCCAGCAGACAGCUGCAGCGCUGGCCUGAGAGCCGCGGUGGACGCAUGAAGAGAGGUCAAGCGUUUUCUUCCCGGGGUUUUCACGGGAGGCGAUUCUUCAGAUGAAGCACUAAUCAGAGAACUGGACAACUUCAUUGAAAAUCACUGUUAGUUUACACUUGCAGUUCUGAUAAUGUUCUGUUGCUCUGAGGCCUCCUGUUUUUUUAACUUGUUUAAUUUCUUAUUUUUUCCAUGAUCAAUCGUGUCUUAUGAAGAUUGUAAUAAAGUUUAAAGUAUAAAAAUAA